AUGACAGACCACCAAUAUUCUACCGCUCUCACCGUCACCUACGUUCCGUAUAUUGUAAUGGAGUUACCGAUGAAUCUCCUCAUGAAGCGGGUCGGGGCCAACAUAACCCUCCCGCUGAUGGUGACGCUUUGGGGUAUGGUGACUGCGUGUCAAGGUGCUGUAAAGACAUAUGGCGGGCUUUUGGCGUGUCGCUUCUUCCUUGGUGCUCUCGAAGGCGGGCUAUUUCCCGGUAUCGUCUUGUACCUCUCGUCAUUCUACAAGCGGCACGAGAUGCAACUUCGGUUUUCUUGCAUGUUCUCGGUCACUUCACUCGCAGGUGCAUUCUCCGGAUUGCUGGCUGCGGCGAUUCAGAACAUGGACGGUCUGAGAGGACUUCGGGGAUGGGCAUGGAUAUUUGUGCUGGAGGGAGUAUUUACGGCGUGUUUUGGUCUUCUAAGCUUUUUUAUCAUCCCCGCCACACCGGCAGACAUGCCAUUCCUCUCCUCAAUUGAGAGGGAAGUUUAUGUGCAAAGCCUUGCCGACGAUUGGAGUGGAGACUCUGAGGUCGAGCCGUUCCGUUGGUCUGAGGUGGCGAGUAUAUUUACGAACGCCCCGCAUAUAUUGCUGGGAUGCAUGCCGUUGUUCUUUAGUGGUGUCACGCUAUUCGGUCUUGCGAACUUCACGCCAACAAUUGUCAAUGCUCUCGGAUUCUCUGCAACACACAGCCAACUUCUUACAGUUCCUCCAUACGCAUGUUCAUUCGUCAUCAGCAUCCUUGGCUCGUACCUCUCCGAUAGGUACAGGAAAAGAGGACCCAUGGCGGUCUCCCUCAGUCUCAUUGCUUCCGCAGGCUAUGCUAUCUUCAUCGGAACACCAAACAAGCACGCAAAUUACGGGGCUUUGUUCCUUCAGAUUGUUGGAGUUUAUGCUAUUGCUCCGUGUCUUAGUACCUGGAUAUCGAACAAUGCGCAGCCACAUUACCGGCGGGCGACAGCUGUCGCUCUCGCGUUUGUUAGUACCAACCUUGGAGGCAUCGUCUCUACCUGGAUCUUCAUCGAUUCACCUCGCUUCCACGUCGCAUCAUCUAUCAAUCUAUCGUUUUCACUUGGCUCUGCGCUCUCCUGCUUGAUUAUAGUGAUGUAUCUCCGGAGACAGAACCUCAAGAAGAAGUCGGAGGUGGAAAGGUUGCUCCGGGAGAAAGGUCCUGGGGUUGACGAGGGAGAAUGGGAUUCGGAGAGUGAAAAGAGGAGGCUGGGCGAUAGACACCCACGAUUUGAGUACACGCUGUAG